UGGUGAUAUGUCGUGCCUUUUUCAGAGUUAACACACGAUUUUUGGUGUGUAUAUAUUAUUUUUAAGUAUUUGAAAAUCACACAAGUUUGUGUUUUUAUUUAAAUAAAACAAUUUUGAUCUAUUUUUUUUAAUCAGCACUUUUAUUUUGAAACUUGACUCUAGUGAUUUAUUUUCGGGCUAGAAUAACGCGCGCGCGCCCGUGCAUGUUUAUGCCAUCACCCCCAUAAUUCGUGCACGUCUGACUAUUACCACACUCCACGCUGCUUCUAUUCUGGCUCUCGCUGUUGAUCCUGUGUUUUAAGCUAAAAGGGCAUAUUGAGAAAUCCCUACAUCUCCGUGUUUUUGGUCAAGGAUUCAUUGUUUAAGGAAUUAUGGCUUCUCAGGUGAGGCAGAACUUCCAUCAGGAGUGUGAGGCGGCCAUCAACAGACAGGUUUACCUGGAGCUGUACGCAUCAUACGUCUACCUGUCCAUGGGGUAUUAUUUCGACAGGGAUGACAAGUCUUUGCCCAAUUUUGCUAAGUUUUUCCUUGAGCAGUCUAAGGAGGAGAGAGAACAUGCGGAGAAGCUGAUGAGUCUGCAGAACCAGAGAGGAGGACGGAUCUACCUGCAGGACAUCAAGAAGCCGGAUCGGGAUGAGUGGGGCAGUGGUCUGGAAGCGCUGGAAUGUGCUCUGGCUCUGGAAAAGAGCGUAAAUCUGUCGCUACUGGAACUACACAAGGUCGCGACUCAACACAACGAUCCACAUGUUUGUGAUUUCCUGGAGACGCAUUACCUGGACGAGCAGGUGAAGUCCAUUAAAGAGCUGUCGGACUGGGUGGGCAGCCUGAGGCGUAUGGGAGCUCCUCAGAACGGCAUGGCCGAGUAUCUGUUCGACAAGCACACUCUGGGGAAGAAAAGCUCUUAGACAGUCACUCUCUCCUGUUUAUGAUGAAAUCAGCCUGUCAGCCAAUCAUAGUCAUGCUGGAAACCCUACUGUAGUUUACUAGAGAUUCUGCCCGAACCUUUGAUAAGCCAUAGCUAUAGCCAGGGUUUGAAUUACACAUUGGCCUUGUUCAUUACAAACAGUGAUAUGAUAUGUAUAUAUACAUGGCUUAAAGUUGAGGAAAACAUGAUUAUUUUCGCAUGUGAUUCAUUUUUAACGUGUUCAAAUAUUUAAUGCAAACGCAGUAUCCGUUCUUACUGCCAUCAUUUAUUAGCUAGGGUUAUUAUGACCAUGCUCUUUUUCACGCAAUGCGCGACAAGACGAGAACGCGCUGUCAGUGAAUGGCAUCCUGGCGCACGUGCGCGCGCGCACACACGACGCGCGCCAGGAUCGAGUACUCCUUUCGCGCUUGAACGAACAAUAACACACACAUUUAUGCCAAAAUGUCUGUUUUGUCGAGCAUCCUCACAAGAACAGUCUCAAAUGAGUUAAAUACAAUCUUUAAUGGACGUAAAUAGUCGUGAGAGAAUGAGAUGCGUGAGAUCCUGUCAGCAGCGACAGAUCUUAAAGUAACAGGAGCCUUUAAUUCUGUCUGUCUGUCAGUAAAGUGAAGCUAAAGAUUGUCGCUUUGAUAAUAAUUCAUUUCUACAUUUCAUUUAUAAUUUAUGCAGUGCGGACUGUAAAUUACAUUUAUUAUGGGUUUGAGUGAGGAUUGUUUUAAGUUCACCUAAAUUAAAGGUUUUUAUAUUUUUUGAAGCCUAAUGUUUAAAAUUUGGGGGGAAAUCAUUUUCAUCGAGACAUCAGUAGCUAUAAUAUUAGUGAUACUGGCUUUCAUUCAUAAAAAGAUGGCAUUAAGAUACAGCGGUACUUGAAACUAAAUGGUGCCAUUGAAGAUAAGUCCAUUUGCCUCGUACAUUCAGAUUAACAGUGUUGAAGAGGUCAAGUGUUAUCAUUCAACUGAACUGUUUAUAUGCAAUUUAAACGCAUUCAUCCAUGCAAUAAAUGCACAUCCCUGAAUGUGCGCCGUUCAAUAUCGUAGGCUAUUUAAUUCACCUAUCAGGCAAAGAUAAUGGUAUGACCCAUUCAGUCUUUAGCUUGAAACGUAUCUUCGUAUUUACUGGUAAAGUUUCAUAUUACAAGUAGUCUUUGACCAACAUCUAUUCGCACCCUGGCUAUAGCCUAAAUACCAUAUACACACUUUAAUUUUCAUUGAAUGCUUUAAUUAUAUGCAAUAUGUAAUCAUUCAAACUAGUUGAUCUCAAUAAAAAUGCCUAAAAUGAG